CUCGUGUUCGUCUUUGGUGUUUUACACAGGAAGCAGCUACCUGUCACCGCUGAAAUAUGGCUCAGCUUAAAUGGAUAUUAUUCACUUUUACUUUUUGUGAACUCAUCAUUCGUUUGGAUGCAAAGAAAUGCCCAAAAGGUCAAAGAGUGGCGAAUAGUGGUUGUGCUCCUUGCCCUCCUGGAUAUUACCAGCCUGAAGAAAAUAAUUCCAGUCGAUGCAAACAGUGUACAAGGUGUGAUGAGGAAUCUGGAAGCUUUGUUCAAGAGCUAUGCACUACAGACGCAAACACAAGAUGUCAGUGCCGUGAAGGGUUUGUUCCCAGUGACAGGGAUUCUUCCACCUGUAAAUGUGACAAAGGGUCUGGAAAAAUGAAUGGAGAAUGCUCAAAAUGUGAAGUUGGAUAUUUCAACAACCGCAUUGACUCACCCUGCCAAAAAUGGAAAAAGUGUAAUGUGGGAGAAAAUGUUUCUGGAACCCCAACCUCAGAUGUAAUCUGUAGUGACGAAUCCAAGACUGACAUUAAAAAAGCACCCACAUCAAACAAAACUGAACCUUUAUCUACACAGUCAACAACCAAGCCCUCACAUGAGGGGGGUGAAACCCAGAGGAAGGAAACCACCACCACCCCCCUCAUCGUUACUGUCACUUCAGGCCAUGGAGUCACCCCUUGGCAAAGAGUGCAUCCCACAGAUCUGCCUAACACAGGCUAUAUUGGUGUGGCCCUCCUCAUAUUUGUAAUAGCACUGCUUAUGUUGACGGCUGUGAUCUGCAAGCUGUACAUAAAUCCUCGCUCAGAGACAAGACCAGCAGAACAAACACGGGACUCGUAUCGUCGACCUGUUGAGGAAAGUGGCGAUGGAGAUGACAGUCAAUCUUCUCUUAAACAAUGUCCAGGCGAGCCCUGAGCUGAAUCAACAACCUCUAUCCUCAUAAUAUGAACUUUUAAUUAACAUCUUAUGUGAAUAUUGCCUGAAUAAUCAUGUGUACUUUCUUCAUAUUAUGAUCUUUCCAUCAGGAAAUUUAUUAGGAAAAAUAUCUACCAUAACUGUGUUAUCGCAGUUGUUACCACAAUGUUGUAGUCCAUAUUUGACUUGUGUUUCUUCUGUUUUAGAAGUUAAUACUGGGUGAAAAGAAAACAUCUUACCUCUUGUUUUUGUUGUCAUUUAACUUCAAGUUACUCUAAAGUUAGGUGGUAGCUUUACCACUUAAGAGUUACUCUUUUAAUAAGAUCUUAAUGACCUCAGGAUCAUUGCAUAAAGGCCUUAUUUUAUCUUGAGAAAUCCUCUCUACCUUCCUCAAAGGGCAAAAAACAUAUUUUAUUGCUUUUUAUGCCUGUGAUGCCACAUAAUGUGAAAUGUUUCAUGGGGCAGCUGAGACAAUUCUGAGAAAUCUAGAGCGAUUAUAGGAAGUAUCAGGGAUACUACUGAUGAAACCUUAAAUGGACUGAGGUGAGACUGAGGAUCAUAUAAUCCUCCACAGACUCUGCUCUAUUUUUUUUUUUUUUUUUUGCCUUUUUUUUUUCUUUUUUGGCUUUUGUUUUGUCUGAUCUGGUUUGUUCCAUUGUUUGCAUGUUGGUUGAACUGAGAAUAGAAAUGGCAGAAAAAACAUGUUAUAUGUGGGGUUGGGGGAUUUCCCAUCAUGCCUGUUUUUUCCCACUGAGUGAACCUUCCUGUCAUGUCUUGGUUUCAGCAGUUGGAAAGACUGUUUAAUUUUUUUUUAAAUGUUACAACUUUCACGUUUCUAUACCUCACUUCAGACUUUCCCCAGAUCACUGUAAUCACUUUAUUUGAUUUACUUUAGUUUCACUACGAAACAUAGGGCAUGUUGUGUAACUCAUUGGAUCUGUUACUCAAAAGAUCUUCUUUAAUGCAGUUUUAUUGGUACUGAGACAGCGCCCUCUAGUGAAAUACUUCAGCCUAAACAACAGUGGGCUUCAAAUAUCCAUCCUUGAUAAUCCUUUAUCUUUUACCGCUUACUGGCAAAAGCACUGAUUCAAGCAUGUAUGGGGCUGUUUGAUAAUGUGUAAUAUUUGAUCCUUUAAACAGUUACAAGUUUAAACAAUUCCUGAGAAACUUUUUUUGUUCAAACUGCUUCUUUGACACCCUGCAUGUGA